AUGAAUGUCAAGGUGCCAGUUGAGGAUGCAGCUGCCGAAUCCAAAUUGAAUCAUCAACAAAAACAAGCUUUCAAUACCAUUAUACAGAGGGUCAAUUCAGAAACAGAAGGUUUAUUCUUUGUAGAUGGUCCUGGGGGAACCGGGAAAACAUUCCUAUAUCGGGCAUUACUGGCCAACGUGAGAUCAAAAGGCACAGUAGCAUUAGCUUGUGCAACCAGUGGUGUGGCAGCAACACUAUUGCCGGGAGGGCGCACAACACACUCAAGAUUUGGAAUACCCCUACAAGCAAAUGAGGCAACUAUGACACAUAUGUCAAAACAAGGCGGCGGAGCAAAACUAAUUAGACAGGCCAAAUUAAUAAUAUGGGACGAAGCACCCAUGGCGAAGCGCCACACAAUUGAAACAGUAGAUAGAAGCUUUCGCGAUAUAAUGGAUAAAAAUGCACCGUUUGGAGGAAAAAUCAUGGUGUUUGGAGGCGACUUUCGACAAGUACUGCCUGUUGUACCAAAAUCUGCACGAGUAGAGACGGUAGAUGCAAGUUUAGUAAGGUCGUAUUUGUGGCCUUUAAUGGAAAAGAUACAACUUUCGACAAAUAUGCGAGCAAGAACCGAUACAACUUUCAGUGAGUUGUUGCUGCGUAUUGGAAACGGAGAAGAAACCACAAUAAAAGAAAACUUGAUAGCGCUGCCGCAACAAAUGAUUGUCCAACAAAGUCAGGAUGGUAAUCCUGAAGAAUCAUUGGUCAGGGAAAUUUUCCCAGCCAUUGAACAAAAUUACAGAUCUGCUGAGUACAUAACAGAACGGGCCAUCUUAGCAAGUUGA